UACUAAGGAUAUAGAGGGGAAAAAAUAAAUCGCGUGCCUGUUUUUUUUUUUUUUUUUUAAAUUGCCUGCUUCUCCCCACCCCCAAAUUAAGUUGCUUAGCAAGGGGGAAAGAGGCUUUUACCUCCCUCCUGCAGCUCAGCCGAACGCCUUCCGUUUUUUUGUGUUUUUUUUUUUUCUUGCCCCCGCGGAUCUUCCAUGUAGGAAGCCGAGGCUGGCGAGCCCGACCGUCGGGAGCCGCUGCGGGGGGGCCUCUUUUUGGGGAGGCGCCGACCCCGGCAGGCUUCGCCGGCCCCAGGGAAGCGGCGGCCGCGUUCCUCCGGGGCGCGCCGGGGCCCGAGAGCAGCGCUCGGCGCGGGCCGCGCGGGGUGGGGCAGCCGGAGCGCAGGCCCCCGAGCCCCGGCGGGCGCCCCCGGGCCCCCGCGCGCGCCCCGGCCUCCGGGAGACUGGCGCAUGCCACGGAGCGCCCCUCGGGCCGCCGCCGCUCCUGCCCGGGCCCCUGCUGCUGCUGCUGCCGCCUGCGCCUGCUGCCCCAACUCGGCGCCCGACUUCUUCAUGGUGUGCGGAGGUCAUGUUCGCUCCUUAGCCGGCAAACGACUUUCCUCCUCGCCUCCUCGCCCCGCAUGUUCAGGACCAAACGAUCUGCGCUCGUCCGGCGUCUCUGGAGGAGCCGUGCGCCCGGCGGCGAGGACGAGGAGGAGGGCGCGGGGGGAGGUGGAGGAGGAGGAGGCGGCGAGCUGCGGGGAGAAGGGACGACGGACGGACGGGCACAUGGGGCCGGUGGCGGCGGCGCGGGCAGGGCUGGCUGCUGCCUGGGCAAGGCGGUCCGAGGUGCCAAAGGUCACCAUCCCCACCCCCCAGCCGCGGGCCCCGGCGCGGCCGGGUGCGCCGAGGCGGAUCUGAAGGCGCUCACCCACUCGGUGCUCAAGAAACUGAAGGAGCGGCAGCUGGAGCUGCUGCUCCAGGCCGUGGAGUCCCGCGGCGGGACGCGCACCGCGUGCCUCCUGCUGCCCGGCCGCCUGGACUGCAGGCCGGGCCCGGGGGCGCCCGCCGGCUCGCAGCCCGCCCAGCAGCCGCCCUCGUCCUACUCGCUCCCCCUCCUGCUGUGCAAAGUGUUCAGGUGGCCGGAUCUCAGGCAUUCCUCGGAAGUCAAGAGGCUGUGUUGCUGUGAAUCUUACGGGAAGAUCAACCCCGAGCUGGUGUGCUGCAACCCCCAUCACCUUAGCCGACUCUGCGAACUCGAGUCUCCUCCUCCUCCUUACUCCAGAUACCCGAUGGAUUUUCUCAAACCAACUGCAGACUGUCCAGAUGCUGUGCCUUCCUCCGCUGAAACAGGGGGAACGAAUUAUCUGGCCCCUGGGGGGCUUUCAGAUUCCCAACUUCUCCUGGAGCCUGGGGAUCGGUCACACUGGUGCGUGGUGGCAUACUGGGAGGAGAAGACGCGCGUGGGGCGGCUCUACUGCGUCCAGGAGCCCUCCCUGGACAUCUUCUAUGAUCUACCUCAGGGGAACGGCUUUUGCCUCGGACAGCUCAACUCGGACAAUAAGAGCCAGCUGGUGCAGAAAGUGCGGAGCAAGAUCGGCUGCGGCAUCCAGCUCACGCGGGAGGUGGACGGCGUGUGGGUGUACAACCGCAGCAGCUACCCCAUCUUCAUCAAGUCGGCCACACUGGACAACCCGGACUCCAGGACGCUGCUGGUGCACAAGGUGUUCCCCGGCUUCUCCAUCAAGGCCUUUGACUACGAGAAGGCGUACAGCCUGCAGCGGCCCAACGACCACGAGUUCAUGCAGCAGCCGUGGACCGGCUUCACCGUGCAGAUCAGCUUCGUGAAGGGCUGGGGCCAGUGCUACACCCGCCAGUUCAUCAGCAGCUGCCCAUGCUGGCUGGAGGUCAUCUUCAACAGCCGGUAGCCGCGCGCCUGUGCGCCCCCGGCGAGGACAGAGCGAGCCGGACGGGCCCAGUCCAAACUACUUUGCUGCUAAUAUUUUCCUCCUGAGCGCUUGCUUUUCAUGCAAAACUCUUUGGUCAUUGUUCUUUUCUCCCCCCCACCCCUCAACCCCCUUCCUUCUUGUCGUUCUUGUUUAUGUUCCGUUUUGUUUUGUUCUUUGAGAAGUAGCUUAUGAAAAGAAUUGUUGGGGUCUUUUUGGGUGAGGGGGGUGAAAUUGUACGGUUGGCAGGACACCCCCGUGUGAAAAGGGGAAGCAAAAAUCAGCCCCCUGAACACGGUGUAUGAGCAGGGAGCGGCCCCUAACGUUGGGGGCCAUCGUUUCACUUGUCAGAGUGGGUAUGUGGACAGGAGUGUGUGUAUCUGUGUGCCUGCCCGGGAGCUCUGUGCUACUCAGUGGCGUCUCCAGCUGAGAGGUUUGUGCUCCCAGCUGUGUCUCCCUUGCCUUCUGGGCAUGCCCAGUGGGCAGAGACAGUACCCGGGCAGCCUGCGCCCAGCGUCCCAGCAGUUGACAGAAGCAAGGCUCUGCCCCCAGCCAGGGAAGUCCCCGCCCCACCCUCCCCUUCUAAGGAACCAGGCCUGUCCCUAGGCUUCUUAGAAACAACGCUGCAAAGAGGCUGACCCAGAAUCGUCGUUUUCAAGUUUGUCUUGUCGGUAACUCCCCCUCCAGCCACCCCGCUGCCAUUGUCUUCCCUUUUCGGCACCUGCUCCUGGAUGUGUCUGAGCUACAGCGAUGCCCACCCGGUGCCCUCUCAGGCCCUCCCUCCGCCUCUCCCCUGCCCCGGGCCCCUCAGGUUUUACCCGGACUCAGAAAACCAGCUUGGCACUCUCCCCGAGGCCUGUGCUGAGCUCCGCUGUUAGACCAGCGAGGGGAGCAGCCCCCUUCCCACCAAGGAUUCGGUCCGUCGUAACCCAAGGUACCAUCCUGGACUGACGCCUCACUCUCCUUUCGUUUCUCCUCCGACUCAUACACUCGUAUGACGUGUUGACACUGCUCUUAGCUCAAUGAGCAUGUUUAGACUUUAACAUAAGCUAUUUUUCUAACUACAAAGGUUUAAGUGAACAAGAGAAGCAUUCUCAUUGGAAAUUUAGCAUUGUAGUGCUUUUGAGAGAAAGGACUCCUGGAAAAAAAACAAAAAACAAAAACAAAAAAACCCUGAGAUUUAUUAGAGAAAAAAUGUAUUUUAUGUUAUAUAUAAAUAUAUUAUUACUUGUAAAUAUAAAGACGUUUUAUAAGCAUCAUUAUUUAUGUAUUGUGCAAUGUGUAUAAACAAGAAAAAUAAAAGAAAAGAUGCACUUUGCUUUAAUAUAAAUGCAAAUAACAAAUGCCAAAUUAAAAAAAAGAUAAACACAAGAUUGGUGUUUUUUUCUAUGGGUGUUAUCACCUGGCUGAAUGUUUUUCUAAAGGAGUUUAUGUUCCAUUAAACAAUUUUUAAAAUGUA